AUGCAGGCUUCUGCCAUGAAGCAGGUAGCUUCCGGGAAAGGCUACUGCAGCGAUGGAGGAAACAUCCAGAAAGAUGAACCUUCUAAUCCUAAGAAAGCGCAUGUGUUGUUAUCUUCCAAUGUUUGUAAUGAACCCAAAUUGGCUUUUCUUGAGGACGACUCGCAUUCCUUGGCAGCAGAACAAAGAGCUGAUGGCCCAGAAGUGAGCCGGCCUGACAUGGCGGGUUUCCUGGAGCCCUCUUGUGCUGGGAGCCUGGACGCCAGCGGAGAGAGCGCUCACUCCCAGUCUACUGAGUUCCAGGAGAGUGCGGACUCUGCUUUCUUGAGUGAAACCUACUCCAUACGUUAUUCCGAGUCAGAACAGAAGAAUGAAAGUCUCACUCACUUACCUUCAGAAUUGGAUUCUGAAACACAGAGCACAGCAGGGGUGUGUUUUGACAUUUUGGACCAUCACAGUAUGAAGGUUAUCAGCUUGGAGAGAGCCUACGAGAUCUCGGAUGACGAUUGUAAAGAAACUGCUGGAGACGCGCGGAAGCGUGAGCUGGAUGAGGACUCCCAGCAGGAGUACCACAGCGCCGAGGAGCAGGAAGGCGCAGGCGCCCGCGUGUCUUCUGACCACACGAAACUGUUACACAUACCUGAUCUGGAAGUGGUUGGGUCGAGGAAUUCAGCUCAUGAGGUUACGUGUGCUCGCCCUCUAGACGGAAAUCACGUUACAGUGGCAAGUGAUUCUAGCAUCUUUUUAGAUUCAGUUGAUGUUUAUGGACAAGAAGAUGCACCUCAUGGCUCCAGGUUUCAGAGUUCCGUUGUGGUAAGAGAGUAUCAUGAACCAGAGCCGGAAAGGUGUAAGGAACAAGAGACUAGUUUGAUGUACCACACGGUAUUUGAUGACCUUGUACUAGGGAGCAGUCCCCUUGAAAACCAGGCAUCUCGAUCUCAGAGCAGUUUCUUGAACCCUCAGAAAGCACUAAAAACCAAAAUGUAUACCAGCAAGGUGAAAUGUCAGAUAACUGAAAGUAAAGAUUUUUGUGAGGAUGAAGUCGUUGAGAGCAGCAAGUUGCACCACCUUAGAAAUCCUAGCACGUUGCGACAAGACAGAGCUUUACAGGUGUUCCUCCAGCCCUGUGAAGAUUGUCAGCCUCCCUGGGCCUCUGUUUUUGAUGAUUCGGUCAUUUCCUCCUGUGGAUAUUCCCAUUGCACAAGCCGACAAAAUGCCCCCAGCUUAGCCUCAGAUUUUGCUGUCACUGUCCCGAAGACUGCAGUCCGAGCCCCUGAGGCGGUAGCAGACUCCCCCCUCAGAGCGGUCCGGGGCAGCACCACAAGUAAGCCAUGUUUUCAAAGCAUAGAAGGAACACGCCCCGAGUUGAGGAUGUGUGCGGCAGGCGGUGCAGUCACCGUUAAUCAGACCGUGGACGUUUGCACUGACUUUAGGGCUUGUUUCACAACCAGCAGGGCAACAAGUGCGGGACCGUCUGUAGUAUCCACGUCAAGCAAUACAGACAUAACCAUGACGAACAGAAGGUGGCCUGGGGACUGGCAGAGUGCAAGACAAAGAAGUGUAGCUUGUAAUACAGAUGGGCCACACGGCCAAGGUCAUGAAGACACACCAGCGGCGAUGAGCAGAGGGCUGCUGGGAAGAUCUCUCUCAGUUGACAGAUCAAAACCUGAUGGAGAUUUCCUAAGUAAGGAUUCCCUGGAAUUAAGAAAAACAUCUGCUAUCACAGACUUAAAGAAACAUCCUGAAAGUCUUUUCUUUUCAAGGGAAUGUCCACUUUAUAAAGAGUCGAGGAGGAGUCUGCCCUCCAGGUGCUGUGAGGAGGUCAUGCAGAGGGCAGUGAGGGCAGAGCUGCACCUUCUAAACGUUCACUACCAGAUGUGCCAGCGCCAUUGCGGGGAUAUUUACAAGCUUGUAACAGACAACAGGGAAGGAGUAAACAGGAACUUACGGAGAAAUUCUACUCAGAAGGAGCUGGGGUCAGCGCUGCUGUCUGUGCUGGGAGACCUGAAGGUGCGGUACGACAGCCUGAAGAACAGAAUAGUCCAGGGCCAGCCGCUGGAGGAGCUGCUCCCGCUGUCCGUGGAGUCAAAAUUAUUAUCGACCUUUUCUACCCUGGCCUCCAUGCUAAUGAAAGAGGAACCACACGUCUUCUCAGGAGCAGAUUCUGAACUAGAUAAUCAAAAUACAUGUGAUGUUGACGUCUCUUCAAGCCUGAAAAAGACACUCUCUCAAAUGUCCUUACUGUCGGACAGUAGUCAUCCUAAACAGGCUACGUUACCCAAGGAAGAUGGCUUAAAAAAUGGUGACCUAGACUUAGACUUUAGUCAACUGAAACUUGAUGAAAAAGGCUGCAGAAAUGACCGAGAAGUAAGUGAAGACUGGUUUGAUGCUAAAGAAAACCUGACCGGAGCUGACUUGUCAGGAACACAGGAAAAUCAGCUGGAGAAGGACAGAGGGGAUCCCAAGUUUACACAAGAAACGAAAAAUACCGAAACUUUACGGAAAGAUAAAGGUUAUUUGAUUCAUGUUGGUGGUCUCUGCCCUUCAGUGUCUGAGGCUGAUUUAAGGUCUUAUUUCCAGAAAUACCAAGUUUCUGAAAUUUCAGUCUAUGAUUCUACUAAUUAUAGGUAUGCAUCCCUUGCUUUUAAAAAAAACAUUGAUGCAAAGAUGGCUGUGAAAGAAAUGAAUGGGAAAGAAAUAAAUGGAAAGUCAGUAAAGGUGCGGCUUGUGAAAACUCCUGGAGAAUAUACCUCAUCACUUUACCACAAAAAUGGAAUGGAGAGGGGCACCAGCAAAGAAAGUAGCUCAGCCUCCUUGAUUUCGAGAUUGCCCAGAACUAGGCCAAGGCAGCUGGGGUCCGAGCCAGACCGUGAGGGUGUCAAGAAGAAUUGUAAACAGAUCGAAUCUACUAAAUUAUUACCUGAUACGCCUAUUCAGUUCAUACCUCCAAAUACAUUGAAUCUGCGUAGCUUUACCAAAAUCAUGAAGAGACUGGCUGAACUACAUCCAGAAGUUAGCAGAGACCAUAUUAUAGAUGCUCUUCAGGAAGUAAGAGUAAAUCAUAAAGGUUUUCUGAAUGGCUUAUCUAUUAAUACUAUUGUGGAAAUGACUUCAUGUGUUUUGAAAAACCCUGAUUCCAGUCAGGAAUAAAAGAAGCAACAAGAGAUUGGAAAGCAGGAGUUCCCUCCUACAAAGAAUGUUCUACAGCACUUAGGAAAACACCACAGUAGUGGCAAGAUGAUGUGAUUAAAUGGGCUCAGUAAGUGGGUUUCGCUGUGUGGUAAUAAUCGACAUUGUGGCCUACUCUUAAAAUCUAGCAGCUGUUGUUUUGCAAUAUUAAGGUUUUCUCUAUAUUAAAAACAAAAUUUUAAUGUUUAUAAACUUUAUAUUCCAACUUGUCACUUAGAGACUUCAAGCUUCAUAUUUUGGAUUAGAAAAAAUGGUCGUGUCUAUUUUAAAAACCUUUGUUAAAUCACUGUUUUUUAAAACAGUGACCAUGAGAAGAUUUAUUGUUUCAGAGUCCAUUAAACGGUUUCCAUACAUGAAAAAUAUACUUUGCCUGAAAUUCUUAGUUCCAGUUUUUAGUUUAAGACUCCUAGUGGGCCACAGGAUAACAGUUAAAUAAACUGAAUUUGAAUUUGUAGCUGUAUAGAAUGUGUCUGUUUUUAAGCUUCCAUGGUAAUUAAAUUAAUGCUGUGAUCCAUU